GCGGCAGCAGAUUCUGUCUGGCUCCUACCACAAGGAUAUUCAGAAGUGGGAGCUGCGGCUGUGUUAAACUUCUUAUUUAUUUGGAACCCAAGUAUGCCGAUUUGACCUCAGAAAAUGGAACUACGAGCAGUAAGCAUUCUUCUUCUCCUGGUUGCCUUGACGGCUGCCCAUGGUGAGAGAUAUGUUGUCAAGAAGGUGAUGAAGGCCCCCCAGUACCAGCCUUACUCAGUGAAAAGCCAUGUGGUAUCCGUAGCAGGAGAACCAGGCAUCCCUGGUGAGCCAGGCCCACCUGGACCUCCUGGCCCCCCUGGACCUGCAGGAGAAGAUGGUGAAGGACUGCCAGGACCUCAGGGACCCCCUGGACCACCUGGUCCUGCUGGUUACUCAUCACCUGGAAAACCUGGUUCUCCAGGUGGACCUGGCAAACCUGGAGCCACAGGUGCACCUGGACCUAAAGGAGACACUGGUGCAACUGGUCCUCAAGGCCCCAGAGGCAUGCCUGGUCCUGUUGGUAGCCCUGGACCUGCAGGCAUUUCUUCAACCGGCAAACCUGGAGCAGCAGGUCUUCCAGGAUCAAUGGGACCACGGGGAGAGCCAGGUCUUAAAGGACAUCCAGGUAUUCCUGGUCUGCCAGGACAAAAAGGAGAAAGAGGCAUUGGGGUUCAGGGGCCACCAGGUGAGAGAGGUCCAGCAGGAGCAAUGGGUGCUUCAGGGAAGCCUGGUGAGCCUGGUGUUGGAAGACCAGGCAAAUCUGGAAAUCCUGGUGAACCAGGUAAACCAGGCUCACCUGGCCGUGAUGGAGAACCUGGACCAAUGGGUGCACCAGGUCCAAAAGGUCAAACGGGUGCUCCUGGAAUUGGAAUGCCUGGCAAGCCAGGUGAGAAUGGUGCCCCAGGUAUGCCUGGCCCUACUGGCCCCAAAGGUCCACAAGGCGCAGCUGGUACUCCUGGUUCUCCUGGUGCUCCAGGUUAUGGUAAACCAGGUGAACCUGGUGUGAAAGGUGACAGAGGAGUAUCUGGUAGCCCAGGUACAACAGGUCAGAAAGGUGAGCCAGGUGCUAAAGGGCACACUGGAUAUCCAGGUGCUACUGGUCCUGUGGGUCCAGCUGGUCCUCAAGGUGCAAGAGGUUUCCCAGGUGAGAGAGGGGCAACAGGUGAUAAGGGUGAUCAAGGUCCAAUGGGACCUCCAGGGCUGAAGGGGCACAGGGGAGAACAGGGAGCUCAAGGUAUUGAGGGCAAGCAGGGAUAUCCAGGGGCAACAGGACAACCUGGUCCAAGAGGAGCUACAGGUGCUCCUGGUAACAAAGGAGAUGCUGGCAACACAGGUGCUCCUGGUACCCCAGGAGCACCAGGACCUGCUGGACCAAAGGGUCUUCCAGGAUAUCCUGGAGCAGCAGGUGAAAAGGGAGAGGAAGGAGCUCCUGGAGCAAGAGGCCCUGUUGGCCCAGCAGGUCCUGCAGGCCUACCUGGCAUUAAAGGCCACCCGGGUCUUCCUGGACCACCUGGCCCAGCUGGUUUGACUGCCAAGGGAAUUCCUGGACCUCAGGGUCCACCUGGACUUCCUGGAUCUGAUGGGCCUGCUGGACUUCCAGGUCCUGCUGGACCUCCCGGCCCUCCUGGUCCUCCUGGUGAGGUCAUGUUUGAGAAGGGUCAUGGUGAAGCUGCAUUCCCAGUUCUUGUCAAAAGUCCUGUGUCUGCAUUCACUGUUGCAACUGUGACACCUUAUCCCUCAACUGGUACCCCAAUUAAGUUUGAUCAGAUUGUGUAUAAUGCAGAGCAGCACUAUGAUCCCGAGACAGGUGUGUUCACCUGCCAGAUUCCAGGAAUUUAUUACUUCUCCUAUACCAUGCAUGUGAAUGGAGCUAAUGCUUUAGUGGCACUUUAUAAAAAUAGUGAUCCAGUCAUGUUUACCUAUGAUGAGUACAACAAGGGAUUUGUGGACCAGAUGUCUGGUAGUUCUGUCCUUCAGCUCAAUGAGCAGGACACUGUUUAUAUUCAGAUCCCUGAUGAUGAGGCUAAUGGUGUUUUUGCUGCCGAUAAUGUCCAUUGCUCUUUCUCUGGGUUCCUGAUUGCCUCCACGUGAUAAGGUGAUCAAACCAUAUCACUUCUAAAACAUCACUAUUUCUCAAACAAAAUAUCCUGUUCUGCAAACCUCAAUGCACAACAGACUGUGCUAUUGUUCUGAGAAAUACAAGCAUCUCAACUUGAAAAAUUCCAAGCAGUGGUGCCUAUAAGAAGGAAGUAAGUUAUGUAAUAUGUUAUCAGGGAUAGCAAGACAGUUAAAACCUUAACAAUUUAAAUUUUUGUGUGUGGAGAGAGCAUGUGAUGUUAUGCUCUGAUAAUUUCUCACCUUUUCCUGAAUUGUCCUGUUUUUUUUUUUGUUUUUUUGUUUUGUUUUUUCUUUGUAUUUUUGUUAUUGAUCUCAGUGGCUAAUUCAAAUCUUUGUGUCUUGUUUUUUUAUUGUUGUUGUUCUUGUAUCCUUACUGAUUAAACAGAGAAUGCUCUUCCUGACAUCCUUAUUUCUGACUUGAAUAUUGUGAGAUGGUGAAAAUGGUGAAAAACAAACUCACAAGCAAACAAAUAAACAUCAUUAAAUGUUAUCCCAAAGUAUUAAAAAUAUUAAAAUAAAAUAUUUCCUAAAUCCUAAAGUUUUGUCUGUGUUUGUUUUUGAGUGUGCUGAAUGAUUUUAUCUCUUGUUUUUCUUUCUAACAAUGGUACAAAGUGGUAUACAAUGCAACAGAAUUACAACAGUACACAUUUAAAAUGCUAUAUUUCUAUUUUGUUUUGGUGGUUGCAAAAAAAUGAAUAAAUCAAAAGCCUGUAGUUCCAAUAGUAGUGUAUUUAAAAACAGAAUAGGGAUGUAAAGGAGUAUGCUUUUUUUAACUGUGUUAAGUUAACCAGUCAACCAAAAAGAUGUGGGUUAGGUGGAGAGGCAAGUCAAACACAAGCCGCUGGGUGGAGGCAAUCAGAAGCUAAGGAGCCACAAGCCACAGGCAGGCACUGCAUUUGGAGGAUUUGAGGGAUGUGGUUGAAUAAAAAAAAAGAAGACAAGAGCACCUGGAGGGUAAAGUCGUUACCAUCUGUGAGUGCAGAGGUGGGAGCCACAAGUUUAACAUUGGCAUUUAACAUGAAUAUCCAGAAACUAAACUAGGAACAGGAAUAUUGGGUGAAAACACACCCAUCAUGUGGUUGCUAGAUUAGUGGUGGAGUUCAUCCUGGAGCGCAGAAAAUGCAUGGUUUUAAAUUAUCUUUAGCUUCUGUGGUAGGCUAAAAACAUCCAAGUAGUGUCUGUUAACAUUUAUCUUAGACUUGGAAAGUAUUUGGCUUUUCUUGGGAUUUAGAAGAACGGCAUUUACAAGUGCUGAGGGUAAAUACACAAAACAUAAUGAAAAGUUUUUCAUACUUCAAGGUCUACUUGAUAUGAGAAAGAGGAGUAAAACCUACAAACCCUUAUAUAGUUACAUAAUUAGGUGUUUUACCAUGGUACUGUUGUUCAGUAUGGGUUAGCACAAUGGGUUUGAGAUACUCAGUGUUGGAAGACAACCAAAAUAACAUGAAAAAGUUAGAAAUGUUUUGCAUUAUUCUCUUGUAAAAUUAGCAAAAUUGCUCUAUCACAAAUGCGAAGGCAUUCAUAUUACAAAGACAAUGUUGCACAACCAAUGCUCAAACAAAACCACUCAUAUAUUGUCUGUCUAAAUCCUUUAUUUUUGUUUUGAGUGCCCCUAAAAUGAAGGGGUAAAAGAAGCAUUGUGAACGAUUUGCACGCAGUUACAUUCCAUUUAAAAAUCAAGUAGAGAUGGUGCUGAAGUAUUUACAGGAAAGAAAAAAAAAAAAAAAAGAAAGAAAAAAAAAAAAUCUACUUGACGAUUGCACCGGCAUUUUUUCAAACAUUUGUGGAAAUCUGCUGGAAUAAAAACCACUUUGACUGCAUUACACAUGACAGGCCAAAUGUUUUGAUCUUAAACAUUUCAGAACAUUAUUCUCAAUGAAACAGGAUUUUUUCCAGAAAGUUAGAGAAAAAAAAAAAAACCUUCAAUUGAUACCACUGAUAUAAAGAAAAAACAAAAAGGAUAAAGCCAUUUUCAACAUCGUGAAAUCCAGCAAUGACAAAAGCCAAUACCAAUACAUAAUGCUGCGGGGUAUUGCACAACGCAGCUGCUGAGGUUUUAAGCACCUAUUUUAAUGAUUGAUGUAACGGCAGUUAAAAAAAAAAAAAAAAAAAAAAGAAGAGAAAA